CUCAUGCCUUCUUCUUUCUCCAAUAUCACUGAGAUCUCCCUCAAAACUAUCCCCUUUGCUUCCAAGAUUGAGAUAAAGAGGGUAUUGGAGUCACUGUACGGCUUUGAAGUUGAAAAGGUCCAAACUUUAAACAUGGAUGGAAAGAAGAAGAAGAAGAGAGGUGGCCUAUUAAUUGCUAAACCUGACUACAAAAAAGCUUAUGUUACACUUUACCCUUUGUCUAUAUCGACGGAUCUUUAUCCUAUACGAAUGAUCUAAGAGGAAAGAAAAAUAUGAGCAAGAAAUCUAAGUCUAGCAUUGUUGAGGAUGAUGAGCCUAAGAAGAUGCAUUGGCUUGACGAGAAGAGAGACACGAAGAGUUCAGAGAGGAGAUUCAGUCGUGGCCGUGAUCGCGAACCUGGUGGAGAACGUUCUUCACAUGUUGGUGCUGCAGCAGCAAAGUUCCCUUGGAGUAGUAUGAGGUCUUAUGCUCCUAGGUACUGACCCCUUCCGGCAAAAGAUCCAUGCAAUCUCAGACAGAUAAAAACAUAAAUUACUAUCCACCUGUUUGUUGGUCUACAGCUUAAUGUGCCGACCCGCCACAUUCGUUACUGAUUUUGCCGCCUAAAGGGCCACAAACCGAGUCAAACCUUGCUGCCAAAGGCCAGGUAAUCUUUGCACAUGGAGGACACAGCCCCACAGCCCGCUGGGUCAUGGCAGCCACCCUCUACCAAUAAAGACAAGUGUUGCACAGCUGGGUAAGGCCACAACCUGUCAACACAAUCAUGGGAGCCAAUCUGGGCCAGCAGGAAUUAGUGCACAGCAGCUGGACGAGGCCACAGGCUGGAAAUCUGCUAACAUAAUGAUGGAAGUCACUUAGUGCAGUGCCUCACAACUGGACGGGUCCACUGCCAGCCAUGCCCAUCAGUGGACGGUUUUGUAUAUAAAUAGGCAUGCUUAGGCCUUGUUAGAAGGCAUCUCAUACACACUUUGUAUUUUCCCUUUGUUUAUCAAGUAAAUUAGAAAAUUGGCCUUGCCCUCCCAUUCCUUGUGUGUCUUUCAUUUCAUUGUCUUUCCAGCUUUUGUGUGUGUUUGCCUUAGCUUGAGCACGACUUUGUGUUUGCUAUUUCGUUAGGACUGAGACUAGAAGCAGAUAACGGCUGUCUAGUUGUCCGCACGUCGCUUACUGGAGUUAAGCCUGUGACAACUGGUAUCAAGGCAGAGGCGAGGGACAUGGCAAACGAAGGAGACGAUGCUGUUUUGGGUAACAUUUGUGGGAGAGACGAGUCACCAACAAAGAAGCAUAAACCAAAGAGAAGAGGGACGAGCAAGGUGCGAGUCCUGCCAUAGCCAUAACAAGUGAGGGUGUUUCCUAUGAGCCACCCCCACAGCAGGUUAGUCAUGGCGAGGAAGGUAAUGGUUCUGCAUCGAGCCGCUUAGACGAGCCAGUAGACCUCACUGAGGCUGGUUUAGCUGCUUUAAACCAGCGUCUUGAAGUUGUUGAAGGCAACUUCGCUUCACUUGAGUCUACUGCCUUAGAAGAGCUGGGAGACGCCAAGGAAGCCGUGGAUCAAAUGACCGAGGAGCACAAGGAAGGACUAACCAACCUUGAGCUCAAGCUGACCGAGGCUGUCUCAACGUUGCACAGGGAGGUUGAGAUUCUAAAGCAACAAUUAGAGGCAGUAAGGCUUGCCGGUGGCACUGGUCCUGUGACGAUUCGUGAAACCAAAAUCGAUGCCCCCAAACCCAAAGAGUUCAGAGGCGAAAGAAGCGCUCAAGACGUUGAGAACUUCAUUUGGAAAAUGGAGGACUACUAUGAGCACCUCAACAUCGUUGAUGAGGCUGCCAAAAUCAGGGCCGCAACGAUGUACCUAAUCGAUACCGCCAUGCUUUGGUGGCGGAAGAAGAAAACCGAGAUGGAGAAAGGCACUUGCUCCAUCACAACUUGGGAGCAGUUCAAGUCCGAGCUAAAGCGACAGUUUUAUCCACAAAACAUCGUCAAUGAAGCUUGUCGGAAGUUGAGAGAGCUGAAACAAACAACUUCCAUUCGUGAGUACGUAAAGGAGUUCACCAAACUCAUUUUGCAUAUCCCCAACAUAUCAGGUGAGGACUUGUUGUUUUAUUUCAUGGAUGGCCUUCAAAACUGGGCCAAACAAGAGUUGCAGCAACGUCAAGUUAAAGACGUCGAUGAAGCUAUCGUCGUGGCUGAGUCCUUGACGGAUUUUAAGACAGAAGCUACCAAGUCAAGGGACACCAAGAGCAAACCCGUCAGAUCCGGAGGAGAUCGUACAUAUCGAGACAAAGGCAAGCAAAUUGUUGGCCCCAAUCGUGAUUCCAAAGGAGAAGGCAACCGCAAUUCUCACUGGUGCGACAGGUACAAUGAAAAGAAGAAGACAAAUGGUCCAUGCAAUGGUUGCUAUCUUUGCAAGGACCCUGGCCAUCACUAUAGAGAUUGUCCUUCUUUGGGCAAGCUCAGUGCCUUAAUCGCAGCGGAACGGAGGCAAAAAGGUGUGGCACAAACGGAUAUGCAAGCAGGUGAGGCUACUGCUUAAGGGAGACAAAAUGUGGCGCAUCUUGGCCACAUGAUGUUCGGUGCGUUGCUGACCAAAGAGCCUGCUUUGAAGCAGGUUGCUCGGGACAAACCUGACCUUACUCAAAUGGGUCAGACUUUACUUGGUGCUGUGAUGGGCAAGGAACCCAAGUUGAAGCAAAAAGGAUCACUGUUUGUGGAUGCGAAGCUUAAUGGACAACCCGUUCGCAUCAUGGUCGACACUGGGGCGACACACAACUUCGUGACUGAAGCAAAGGCUAGAUCAUUUGGCCUUACUUUUAGUCCCAGCAGUUCUUUGUUAAAAACAGUCAAUGCCAAUCUCACAAACGUAAAUGGAGUUGCUCACAAUGUGCAACUCAAUUUAGGAGCUUGGCAAGGGAGUGUGAGUUUCUUUGUCGCUCCCAUGGACGUGUUUGAUAUCAUAUUGGGCCUGAACUAUUGGGACGAAGUCAUGGCGUUCAUUUCCCC